AUGGAACAAGAUAGUAAAAGAGCAAGAGCUGUUGUUGGAGAGGAUACAGAAGAUAGACUCAGUCAUCUACCAAGAAAGAUUAUAGAUCAUAUAUUGAGCUCUUGCCGGUUCAGGACGCAGCUAGAACAACAUAUUGGAGAUAUUGUGAAGUUUGAUCUUGAUGUUUCAGGAGUAAAUUUGUCUUCAUAUGCAAAUAUUGAUAGAUGGAUGCUCUCUGUCACCAGAAACGGUGUCAAGGAACUAACCUUUAACAAGGAUAUUAUUCAUGUGAUUCUAAUUAUUGUAUUUGCUCCAAAGCUUUUGAGUGCGCACACAGUUCCUAAGGGGCUUCCUGUUGUGCUCCGCUGCGUGCGGGUUCUAUCGUUAAGUAUAGACUUUGGCAAAUUGGAUCAGACUUCCUUCACGCUCAAGCUAAUUAGGGGUUCCUUUAAAUUGAGCAGACAUGAGAUUUGGGUCUGUGAUUUCAGCGAUAAUGCCGAAGCAGCUUUGAGUUAUCUUGAAAUGGCAGCCUGCUUGGACCGACCACUAAACAAUCUUGAAAAUGUGACCAUGCAUUGGUUUAAAGGUUCAAAAACUGAACUGCUUUUAGUGAAGCUAUUAUUUGCUCGUGCUCCAUCUUUGGUAAGGAUGUCCAUUAAGCCGAAGAGAGCCAUGGGUUCCAGGGAAGAAAGAGAUGUCACCACAGAAUUGAUGCGUUUCCCUAGAGCAUCUCCCAAAGCAGAGCUAAUCUAUUUGCCAAAUGCGGAUUAG